CCCUAGAAUUAUUUCCUAAUUUAUUCGCGUUCUCAGGAAUUUAUUGUACAAUAUACUUUGAGGAGGCAUUAUAAAUCGUCAUUGUUCAUCGUUAAAAAUAUAAUUUCCAUUCUGAUUGGAAAAUGAAACUAUAAAAUCUGUGGUAAUCGUAGGGAUGAGUCAUAACGUAGUAUGUAUAUGUAUAUCGAUGCCAGAGAGAAAAGAACAUGGCGAUGAUAUUUGGUUAGCGAAGAAAGUUGAACGUGUGAAGUGUUCAUCUUGUUUUUAAUAUAGUUGGCCGAUUAAUUAGUUGAAAUCAGGGAACGUUUAAGACGAUGAGUUUCUUCAGUAAGGUUUUUGGUGGUAAAAAGGAUUCGGCCCCUUUGUCAACGGCCGAGGCGAUACAAAAGUUACGGGAGACAGAGGAUAUGUUGAUAAAAAAACAAGAUUUCCUCGAGAGUAAAAUAGAGCUUGAAAUUCAGGUCGCCAGAAAAAAUGGGACGAAGAACAAGAGAGCUGCGAUUCAAGCACUUAAAAGAAAGAAACGAUACGAGAAACAGUUGCAACAAAUCGACGGUACUCUUACUACGAUUGAAAGUCAAAGGGAAGCCCUGGAAUGUGCGAAUACCAACACUGCUGUACUUACUACAAUGAAAAAUGCAGCGGAUGCUUUGAAGAAUGUCCAUCAGCACAUGGAUGUCGAUCAAGUGCACGAUAUGAUGGACGAUAUCGCUGAACAACAAGACGUGGCAAGAGAAAUUUCUGAUGCUAUUUCCAAUCCUGUGGCAUUUGGAAAUGAUGUGGAUGAGGAGGAAUUAGAAAAAGAAUUGGAAGAACUUGAACAAGAACAACUCGACAAAGAAUUGCUUGGAAUUGAACCUACAGAUGAACUGCCAAACGUUCCAGCCACUGCGAUUCCAACUGCUCCAGCUAGGACUCGCACAAAAGCCAAGCCCGAGGAGGACGAUGAUUUAAAAGAAUUGGAAGCUUGGGCAUCGUAAAAUGGUAUCAAAAUAUCUAUAAAGAUAAUUUUUGUAAGGUUUUGAAUGCUAAAAUUGAGCAUACACAAUAUGUCCAAGGAGAGUGAAAGUGUACAUUUUCCAGAUUUUACAUCAUCUAAUUAUGUUGAUACUCACCCUGCAAUAUUUUCUUGUGCACAGUUUAAAUAGAUCGAUUAAAAUAAUGCGAAAAAUUUGUUAAAGAUCAGUUUGCCUCUUUCACGUGAAGCUUUCUUUAAUAAACGAUUAAUUGUAAGCUUUACAGACAACAACAAAUAUUGCAGUGGGAAGGAAAUCAGUAUAUGAUAGAAGUAUAUAAUUUACAUGCAAACCUCUAACUUGCUGUUAAAUUAUAUAUACAUAUAUGUAAUUUAUAUUAACAGUAGAAAAUAUAAGCUUUAUAUGCAAAACAAACUUCAAUCAUAGGAUAAAAAAUUAUUUCCUAAAACUUGAAUGUUACUUUUGAAUGUAUGUACAUACUUAUUGUUCGAAUUGUUAAAUGGCCUUUUAAACUUUGUAUAAGCAUACCUGCAAAAUAAAUUCGUUUAGAUGUACAGUA